AUGGAAGAUCUAUUUGAAAACCAUUUGACAAGUGACAAAGCAAUUGUUAAACAUGAACCAGAAAAUAAUCAAUGGUUUUUAAUAAAUCCUUCUUAUAUAGAUAGAGUUUAUAAGACUAUUGAAAAUCUGGAAAAGCAAAAAAAAUCAUUUGAAAGAUCUUACAAAAAAUUAGUAGAAGAUGGAAAGUGGUGGGAUAACUUCAAGGAACAAGAUAUUGUUAUUAUUAAUGAAUUUGAUGAUUACAAAAAUUCACAACAAAAUUUAAAAAAAAGAAAAUUAGAAAAAACUAAUCCAGAAAUAAAUCAAAUUUCUAAAAAAUAUCAUACAACAAUUAAAUCAGAUAAUAGAAUCAAAACAGAUUUUGAUUCAGAACCAGAAGUACAGAAGAAUUUAUCUACCAAUGAAGUACAAAAGAAUUCAUCUACAAAUAAAACGAAUCAUCAAGAAUUUUUAAAUAAAAAUGAAAAACACAUUCAUGUAUCUGAGGAGUAUUUAGUUUAUGAAAAUGAUUUAUUUGAAGAUGAUUCAGAUAUUAGCAAUGAUUAA